ACCACAUCCUGUAAGUCACAUGCUCAGUGUUCCAGCUCAUGUCAACAUGGUUUUACCUACCUAUGUAUUUGUUGUUUGUAAAAUUAUUUUUCUGUUUUUUAUCUUUGUGGUUGGAGAAGCACAAGCUAAGGGAUUUCGUCGUUUUUAUGAAUUGCAGAUAGAUGUGUCCGACGAGCAAUGGUUUGUGCAGAAACUAGAUCACUUCAAUGGAGCAGAGGACAGAGUGUGGAAGCAGAGGUACUUUGUGAAUGAAUCCUUCUACAAACCGGGAGGGCCCGUGUUUCUUAUGAUCGGUGGAGAGGGUCCAGCCAAUCCAGCAUGGAUGCAACAUGGUACCUGGCUCACUUAUGCAGAGAAACUGGGAGCCAUCUGCUUCAUGUUAGAGCAUCGCUUUUAUGGAAGAAGUCAUCCUACAGUUGACCUGAGCACGGAGAACCUGCGGUUCCUCAGUAGCCGUCAGGCUUUGGCCGACCUGGCCCAUUUUCGUACUAUGAUGGCUGAGACCCGAGGACUGGUCAACCGCAAGUGGGUGGCCUUUGGGGGGUCUUACCCGGGUUCAUUAGCAGCUUGGUUCAGGCUGAAGUAUCCUCAUCUCGUGCAUACCGCUGUGGCCACCAGUGCACCAAUUCACGCCACAGUCAACUUUCCAGAGUACUUGGAGGUUGUGCACCGUUCUCUGGCUUCAGAAAACACUGACUGUCCUCUAUUGGUAAAAAAGGCUUCAGAUACCCUAAUAGAGAAACUCCGUGACCCCGCAACCUUUGAGAACAUCACCAAAGACUUCAACUUGUGCUCCAAACUAGAAAUUCAAACAGAGACAGACUCUGCCUAUUUUCUGGAAAUGCUUGCUGGCAACUUCAUGGAUGUGGUCCAGUAUAAUGAAGACAACAGGGCGUUUGAGGGUGUAGUGGGCACCAACAUCACAAUCAAGGUGCUCUGUGGGAUAAUGGCAGAUACAUCGCUUGGAGACCCGUAUGCCCGAUAUACCGCUGUGGCCCGCCUUAUGAUGGACACAUUUUCGUUGAAAUGUCUGGAUGUCAGCUUCAACAACAAUCUGAGAGACAUGACUAACACAUCCUGGGAUGGGCCGGCCGCAGGGGGAGGGAGACAGUGGGUCUACCAGACCUGCUCUGAAUUUGGAUUUUAUCAAAGCACUGACUCCCCAAACCAACCCUUUGGUGGUUUCCCUCUAGAGUAUCAUGUGAAACAAUGUGCAGACUUCUACAAUAUCACUGCUGAGCAACUUGCAGAGGCUGUGGCUGCAACCAAUGAGUAUUAUGGCAGCUAUAGUGUCUACUCCACUAGAAUAGUUUUCCCUAAUGGCGCCAUUGAUCCCUGGCAUGCACUGGGCAUCACUCAAGACAUCAGACCUGACCUUCCGGCUGUUUUCAUCAAAGGAACAGCCCAUUGUGCCGACAUGUACCCGGCCGACUCAAAGGAUCCCCUCCAGCUUACGCUUGCCAGAGAUCAAAUCUUCUUACAUCUGCAACAAUGGAUGAAGCAAUAAAUGCUACCAUCUUCCAAUUGCAAGUUUUGUGAUCGAAGUUCAGAUUAUUUUAAUUGCUUGGAGUGUAAGACAAAAUUUAUCUGAUGAUUAAAGAUUUUUAUGCACCCUAAUGUUUAUAUUCACGUCUGUAACGCUUCAGAGAUUUUGCCGUGUCACUGUGUUGCUUUUUCUGAUUGGAAAGCAAGAGGCCUUCCUAAAGAAACAAAUAAAAGCACAAUUUGAA